AACACAAAAUGUUAUCAAAGUUACCAGAAACUUAUGAACUCCUUAAAAUUUUGUUUAUAUUGCUUCCAAUAUUGAAUAGAAUCACACAAAUGUUUACUCCGUUUUAAAAAAGUUUUGACCAACUAAAAUAUGAUUUUGAUUUUGCAGAAAAGGACAGUGGCAUGUACGCCACUGUGUAUGGCAAUAGCAUAAGUCAUUCAAGUUGUCAACUUAUUGUAAAACAGUUAAAUGAAAAAUGAAACUUUUACUAGUACUUUUUGCCGUAUUCGUAAUAAUAAAGUUUAGAUUAUGCAAUGGUGGUUUAGAAGAAGUGAGAGAGAAACUUCUUAAUCCUACAAAAGGAAGAUGCAGGUUGCCCUAUGAGGAUAACUAUUACUGCAGAUCUGAUUAUCAGUGUCCAACAACCUCGGUUCCAAACACCGCUUGUUGGCGCAAACCCUGUGGUCCUACUUCUACAUGCGGACCUAAUUUUAAAAGCUUACCUUUUAACGAUUUCGAAAGGGAAUUUAUGUUAGCACUUCACAACGGUUACCGAGACAGAAUUGCAUCUGGGCAGGAAGAAAGACAUUCGGGUAUAUCUCAUCCACAUAAAUUAAAACCGGCCAACAAUAUGAAAAUUUUACAAUAUGAUAAAGAGUUGGAGUUUAUGGCUCAGUGUUGGUCUAACUUUUGCCUGCACGACGGUUGGUCACGUUUUCAUGAUGAAUGUAGAAGAACACAGCAAUUCGAAGAAGUAGGCCAAAACGCAUUCCUUUACGCGCACAUUACUCCAUUUGCGGACAGGAUAAAUUUUUCUCGAAUCGCUUAUUUGGGAAAAGCAGUUGACUCAUGGUUUUUGGAAAUUUAUCAUUACGACGAUAGACGUACAUCCAAUUAUGAAAUGUAUUUUAAAACGAGUAAUUUUACGCAGCUAAUAUGGGCCAACACGUCGGCCGUUGGGUGCGGUAGAACCCAAUAUGGCUAUGGUAGAGUUUUACGAUUAUUGAUAUAUUGCAAUUACGGAUAUGCAGGAAAUUUGGCAGAGCACAGUGUAUACGACGAGUCGGAAAAUGAUACCUGUUGUAACGGCUGCGAUGGCAGAUAUGUGUAUUACCUUACAGAGAACGAUCCGGAAGCCUUAAAAAAAAGUAUUUCAUCUGUACUGGCAUUGAAAGCUCAAGAACUUAGAAGUAGGGGUCAUGACGUUUCCAAACGUUACAAAAUGAAAAGUUUUCGAACUCUUUUUAUGACUGCUUGCUCUUUCCAAUAUCCUUGUCUAUGCGGAAGAAAAUUGACCAUUAAUCAAUCAAACGAGGAUUACCGUCAAGCUUUUAAAAUAUCGAGAAGCAACCAUUUAAUAGCCAAAAUCGAUUAUUGUUUACUAAUGCCGUGGUGGAUUUAUUUAUGGUUUCUUUCUCCUUAAUAUUGUAAUGAUUUGCUUUUUGUUUUUCCUAAUUUUAA